CCCGACGAUAAGCGUGGACGCCAUGUUUCUGCCUGAGGCUAAAAGUCCCGCCAUGUGAUCAGUCAGUGAUCGCCUCGUUCUUCUCCGCCUGACAAACGGGCGAAUGAAGUGGCGGCCACACUUUCAAAGAUUGAAGUCUCCGCAAAACACCAGUGCAAAACGAGGUUACGAUCACCUUAGAGCUUCACCACAGCGCGGGAUAGAAGCUAGGACGUGUAUUAGAGCACGGUCUUUUUGUGGUUUAUUUUUUAUUGUAUUUGGAUAUAUUGUGCCUUGUGCGAGGGGUAAAACUUGUAUCAACCCGCCAAAAUGUCGACCACAGUUGAGAAGAUCAAGCAAAUCGAAGAUGAGAUGGCCCGGACGCAGAAGAAUAAGGCUACGGCCUUCCAUAUUGGGCAAUUGAAAGCUAAGCUUGCAAAGCUGAAGCGUGAACUUUUGACCCCAACCGGCGGUGGCGGUGGUGGCGGCGGUGCUGGUUUCGAUGUUGCUCGUACCGGUGUCGCUAGUGUUGGUUUCAUUGGUUUUCCUUCCGUUGGAAAGAGUACCUUGAUGAGCAGGUUAACAGGCCAACACUCCGAAGCUGCGGCCUACGAGUUCACAACCCUGACAACCGUGCCUGGACAGGUUUUGUACAACGGUGCUAAGAUUCAGAUUCUGGAUCUUCCUGGUAUUAUUCAAGGUGCCAAAGACGGCAAAGGUCGUGGUCGACAGGUUAUUGCUGUGGCGAAGACUUGCAACCUUAUUUUCAUUGUGCUUGAUGUCAACAAGCCGCUUGUCGAUAAGAAGGUCAUUGAAAAUGAAUUGGAAGGUUUCGGAAUCAGAAUCAAUAAGAAGCCUCCUAAUAUCGUCUUCAAGAAGAAGGACAAGGGUGGUCUUGCGAUUACUAGCACUGUUCCAUUGACGCAUAUUGACCACGAUGAAAUUAAAGCUGUCAUGAGCGAAUACAGGAUCUCGUCUGCAGAUAUCUCUAUCAGAUGUGAUGCGACAAUCGACGACAUUAUUGAUGUCCUUGAGGCAAAGAGUCGGGCUUACAUUCCCGUCGUAUAUGCUCUGAACAAGAUUGAUGCUAUCACAAUCGAGGAGCUGGACCUUCUUUACCGUAUUCCCAACGCCUGCCCCAUCAGUUCCGAGCAUGGCUGGAAUGUUGAUGAACUGCUGGAGAUGAUGUGGGACAAGCUCAGCCUCAAACGAAUUUACACUAAGCCCAAGGGCAAGGCACCCGAUUACACUGCUCCUGUUGUGCUGAGAGCCAAUGCAUGCACUGUUGAGGAUUUCUGUAACGCGAUUCACCGAACGAUCAAGGACCAGUUCAAGCAAGCUAUUGUCUAUGGUCGCUCCGUUAAGCACCAGCCGCAGCGUGUGGGUCUGACGCACGAGCUCGCCGAUGAGGAUAUUGUGACCAUUGUGAAGCGGUAAACAGCUUCAAUCAAUCAAGGUUCUUGAGACGCGUAAAAGCGGAGAACUCGGUGGCGAAUCGUCACGAGAAGAUAAACGGGUUGUGGUAGAAGUGUUUCGCUAAGUAUCCAUGUCCAAGAGGCCCAGCCCUUGGAACAGCUUCC